CACACGGAGCGGCGCCAUGCACUACCCUCGGACCGACAGCUAGCCUUCUGAAGAGCCCGACCCAGCCCGAAAUGUUCGGUCCAGGGCUCCCGUUGUUGAAUUAUUUCGCUGAUACAAGAUAUAAAGAGGGAGUACGUGUUAUACUAUGGCGGGGUUUUGAUUCUUACUUUCCCGUCUCGCUCGGUGUAGCGUGGCAACGGCAGCGGAUCGUUUCCAAAGUUGUCGGUUAGCAGGGCGCGUGUGAAGGAUCGGAAUUAAAGGCGCAGUGCACCCGCUGUAGCUGCAAACAUGGAGAAGCAGCAGAGCGAUUUGGAACGAGAGCGACAGUACUGUGAACUUUGUGGGAAAAUGGAGAACCUCCUUAAGUGUGGUAGGUGCCGGAGCUCCUUUUACUGUAGCAAGGAGCACCAGAAACAGCACUGGAAGAAACACAAGCUAAUGUGUAUGGACAAGGCGCAGCUUCCCAAACAGAAGCCCGAGCAGCCUGCGCCUUCGGGGGACGACGAGGCACAGGAGAAAGACCGGGAAAAGACAAGCCCCGAACAGGCGGACAGUGCGUCUUUACCACAAAACUCAAACACAGAAGCACCCGGAGACGGUGACGGACCGGGAGAGGUCGUGUCCAACAACACCGCCACACCUAACGGACAAACUAGCUCAUCCCCUCAGAAACUUGCCAUGGAGUACAUAGUCCCGUGUAUGAACAAGCACGGUAUCUGUGUGGUGGACAACUUUUUAGGAGCAGAGACUGGGCUUGGCAUUUUGGAUAAUGUUAAAGCUUUGCACAAAACGGGCAAGUUCACAGACGGACAGCUGGUCAGUCAAAAAAGCGACUCUACUAAAGACAUCCGAGGGGACAAAAUCACGUGGAUAGAGGGGAGGGAGCCCGGCUGCGAGAAGAUCCGCUUUCUGAUGAGUCGUAUGGACGACCUGGUCAGACAUUGUAACGGCAAAUUGGGAAACUACACAAUAAAUGGAAGGACGAAAGCAAUGGUGGCAUGUUACCCUGGAAACGGCACAGGAUACGUGCGCCAUGUGGAUAACCCCAACGGCGACGGACGCUGUGUCACAUGCAUAUAUUACCUUAACAAAGAUUGGACUGCCAAGGAACACGGUGGCCUUCUCCGAAUCUUCCCAGAAGGGAAGGCCCAGUUUGCCGAUAUCGAGCCCAGAUUUGACCGCCUGCUCCUGUUCUGGUCCGACAGACGGAACCCUCACGAGGUUCAGCCCGCCUUCGCCACCAGGUAUGCCAUCACGGUGUGGUAUUUUGACGCAGAUGAGCGAGCCAGAGCUAAAGAGAAGUACCUAACGGGUGCAGGAGAGAAAGGAGUAAAGGUUGAACUUGGCAAACCCUCAGACCCUAGCUAGUGGGAAGCCUGCAUACCAACAGCCGUUAAGUGCUCUGUUCGAAGAAAGUGGCCUAUAGAGAGCAUGUGUGUGUGUUUUACAUGGCAACAGCAGACUUUUUGCGCGAGAGUGUGGAAGAACCAUUUUUAUGGAGACAAAACAAACAAAAACAGUGAUUUCUGCUUGUUUUCAGCAAACCGGGGCAGCCCAGAGGACCUUGAAUGUCAUGACAUUGUACUGAAAGGGAUUGUGUGUUUUUGUUUUGAUUUCCCUUUCACCCCUUCGUUGGAGAGCGCUUACGUUACAGCUGACAUUUUCAUAAAAUCAACGGGGGUUAAGCUCCCAGAGAAUCUACACCUUUUGCAUAUUGGUUUUUACAGUUAAUUCCUAAAGGUACAGUGUUCUGCAUAUGCUUAUCGUGGUAUGCUUUUCACAUGGAAUCAGCUGUUAUGAGCUACUGUAUUGCAAAGUUGUACUUGAGGCUGCAAUAAUAUGAGGAAUGAUCUAAAUUAAAAACACGCUUUUUCUGACUGAAAUUGUUUGGUCUUAGUUAGAAUUCAAUCAUUUCACAAAAGAGGUUAAGUGUGAUUUUUGGUUUUGUUUUGGCUACUCUCUUAAUAACAAAUCAUUUGAGUAAGCACAGAUUUAAGGAGCAGCAUUCACCUGCCUCUCAUGUUGUCCUGUUUGCACUAUAUGCAGUUACAUGCUGCCUCCUGCAGGCCUACAGUGAAUUGCACUGAUUUUCUGGACCCCAGCAUAAAUAAGAUUAUUCACACUGAGAAGUGAGAAAUAAGACUUCAGCAUAAAAUCAAUUCAAGUGUCUUAAUCCCCAAGUAUUACCUUCCAGGUUGUUUUCACUGCUUUAAAGAAUAUAGCAUGUAACAAAGAUCUUUUCCAUGACAACCUCAAACUUUAAGGCCCUAUUAUGCUCAUUUUCACAUUCAUAUUUGUAUUUUGGGCUUGUACUGUGAAAUGUUUCCAUGCUUUAAUGUUCAAAAAGCUCUCUAUUUUUCUCAUACUGCCUGUGCUGCAGCACCUCUUUUCACCCUCUGUCUGAAACCAGAGCCUUAGCUGGCCAGUUCUGUUGCGAUUGGUUAACCAGUUAAUGUCCCGUCCCGCCCUAAAGCCUAUCACAUACAUUUUGUUGGAGCGCUAGCCAAUAGUAGCGCCGCUGUUGCGUAGGGAUGUCACUAUGUUACAGAAGUAAACAAAGGACUACAAUGGAGGUGUUUCAGGCAGGGGGGAGUGUGUGUGGCAAUUGUUUUGCCUUUGCAAACUAUUGACAUGCACAAAAACCUACCUGACACACUACAGGAAAGCGAAACACCCAAAAUAUUAGGAUCCCUUUAUACAAGUACACAGUGAGAAUGUUCCAAUAUUGUAAAUGGGCAAUAGAUCAAUUUUUUUAUUUUAAAGCAUAAUCGCUUUUUUAAGUUUAUGGCUAAAUUAUAUAUUUAGUGCUUUAAUCUUUUUAAAAAGGCUCAUCAAUAAAAUGGGGAGAAGUGCCAAACAUA